AGUAUAACUGCACGUUAUAUGCUUUGGUGGCUUUCAUGACCGUCGACUGCGCUCCAGAGCCGGCCUCCCAGUGCUUCGCUCCGACCACUAGUUCGCACCGAUUGUUGCAAUGGUUGGACAAAAUUCAAUUCAUUGGCGGCGCCGGCGAGUCGUGUUCCCACAUCACCGAAGGGUUCAGUACAGCUCUUCAGGUGUUCGACGACUUUACAGCUCUUCGAGAGAAUACCGCUUCCAAUAUAAUGGCGAAGACCACUAAACACUGUAUUCUUAUCUGCAAUUCUCCGCCAUAUUCUGUCCAAACCCUCGAGAGUCAGACGUAUUCGGGUUUAAAGAUCGACAGAUUGGCGGCUCUGAUGUCCGAACGGAACAUCAAUUUCAGUAUAUUUUCUCCGAGAAAAAUGAGUUUCUUAUAUAAAUUAUACGAAGAGUCGGGCGGAGACUUACCUCAAGCCCUCAACAAGAACUUUGCCAAAGAUAAGCGUCACUUAGUCUUGUUGCGCGGCUUUAAUCUUCAGGAGCGGCCUCUAAGCCCUCAAUUGGGUUCACAAAGCAAUGUAAAUGUUGAACAAAAGACUUCACAAAACUCUCCGAUGAGUCAAAUACAGGGCAUUAAACGAUCGCUAUCUCCCGGACCGGGCAUUCAGUCGGUUACUAUCGGUUCCACUGCACCUAAUGUGACCUCCAUUUCGAUGUCGACUCCACACCCGACAGGAAUGAUGACACGAUUACCACAUCCAACGGCUGCCAACACUAACAUCCCGUCUCCAUUCCCCGCCCGCAAGACUCCUACU